UAACAAAUGUCAAAUGCAAAAAUUGACAUCCACACGAGUUGAUUUACGUAUAAGAACUUUUUCACAAAUAAUUUUAGCUUAAAUAAAAUUAAGUAAUAAAUAAAUAACAAAAUGUCACUCUCACCAGCAAGUGGUAUUGGCCGAUUUUAUAAACGUUCUGCCAAAAUAAUAAGAUGCGUACGCUGGGGAUGCACCAACAGGCCAUUUUACCAUAUUGUUGUUAUGGAGCGAAGAAAGGAUCAACAUCAGCCUGUUAUAGAACAAUUAGGCUCAUAUGAUCCUCUCAUAAAUGAACACGGAGAACGUCUUGUUUCAUUCAAUUUCGAAAGAAUUCGCCAUUGGUUAGGUAAUGGUGCACAUUUAUCCAAGCCUGCCGCUGAACUCUUGGGUAUAGCUGGAUUUACGCCAAUCCAUCCCAAAACCUACAUGACUGCUUGGAGGAAUAGGCAGCAAAUUGCAGACCAAGAAUCCAAAAAACAGUUGGAUGAUAAAACGAGCAAGGAAUAAGUGUUGAAACAAUGUUUAUAUUUUCAAUAUCAAUAAAACAAAUAAAUAAUAUUGAUUGGUGUGAUGGUUUUCAAUUUUA